CCGUACACAACCAUAAGAGCUUUGGUAUCGUCAGCGGUGUCGUUGCAGCAUGCUGCUGGGCGAUCGCAUUGCCUCGGCUGUGGUUGAGCAGUUCGACAAUCUCAAGCCUCGUGGGAAGCCCCAAGGGAAAGAGUGGACCGUUUUGGCUGGCAUUGUGGCGCAGGACACGCGGACAGAGUGCUGCACCGCUGUGGCUGGGGCCAACUCUACUUCUUGUUCUUGUCUACGAGUGGUCAGCCUCGCCACUGGGAAUAAGUGCGUCGGGAGGGACAAGAUUCCUGAUGACGGGUCGGUCGUGCACGACUCCCACGCAGAGGUGCUCGCCCGACGGGCGCUUUUGCUGCGUCUUUGGAGAGAGCUGCACCUACGGGUAUCGUCCUUAGCUGGGCGGCAACAAGAUGUCAUGGUCGGCGAACGCAAGGGAGGAGGGAUUCCAUCUAACAGCGGCCGGUCCGAGGGACGUUCAACGCCAUCAUCGUCGACUACAGCAGCAACAGUGGAUGCACACCCACAACCUCCGCUGUACGACGGGGUCCUACCUAGAGAAGACGAUGGGAGAAUCCUCCUGUUGGAGCGGAGCCCACAAGCUGAAGAUGCCGGAGCUUACGCCUCCUGGAGGCUAAAGCCUUACAUCCGCCUGCACUUGUACAUCAGCGAUGCACCCUGCGGCGACGCUUCCAUCUACGAGCAGAAGAGGCAAGCGCCAAACGUUGGAGGCGGGGGUAGCGCUAGAUGCGGGGGUGGCGACGGUGAUCGUGGCAACGACAGCAGUUGGGACGGUGCGCCGCGCUCUUCUUCUCCGGCGGGCAGUCGAAGCGAUGACGAGCGGCGGGGGUGGGCCGGUGACGACCGCGGUGAUGCCAAACGAACUCGUUGCGCGGUCGCGACUGCUGGCUUGAGUGAUGCUGUCGCGCCAUCACCCCGGCCUAGUCUGCCACUGGAUGAAGAACGGAGCUGCUCCGCGGCGAGCUUGAACCCGUUGGACUUCAAACCCCGGGAACCGGAGGUAAGUGUUGGCGAAAAGCUCGCAGGACAAGUACAAAGCAUGGGCGCAGAGACAAUGACCUUUACCGGAGCCAAGAUCAUAGCCGCUGUGAAAGAAAGGGGGGCUCCAGACCGCAGCUUCAGUGCGUACAGAAACGAAGAGGUGGGCAAAGCGGACACGGCGGACCUCGUGCUGCGCAUUGACCGGGAGCAACAGCAACAAGUGGGCGCGCUGAGGAUCAAGUCUAGCCGGAGCAAUAUUUCGGAGGAAGGGCGGACGAUGUCCAUGUCUUGCAGCGACAAGCUGGCGAAGUGGGCCUUCCUGGGUGUGCAGGGAGGAUUGUUGGCUUCGUGGGUGGAGCCGAUCUUCCUGUCUUCCAUCGUCAUCAGCGCGGACCCGCGCACGGACGGCCCAGCCCCGCUCGCAUCGGCGCUGACGAGAGCGAUUCCCGGCAGGGCGGCGUUGGCCAACCGCCGCUCGUCGUGCGGCGGUACGACAGGGACGGCAGGCGGGGAAGAGCAUCUUUCUCACCCACCGAUGCCGCGGGAGGAGAAGGAGGAGGAGAGGAUGGCGGUCUUCGUAUGCGAGGUCACGUUCGCGAGAUCAAAGGCGCAGUCGGAGCAGCGAGUGUUCGACGACGAAGCGUCAUGUUCUUCAACAAGCGGCGUUGGUUCGCCCGGCUCUAUUUCCCCCACGAAGGCAACGGUAUCAUCGGUUGAAGCAUCCCCGUUGAUCGCCGACGCCUUCGUCGCUGCCGGUGAUGCUAGACAACGCAUGCCGGGGCACGACGACAGGAGCCGUCGUGAGACCAGCCAGGGAACCAGGUUGGACAACAGCAAUGGCAAGCGAUCCCGUCGUGAUCGCAAGCCGAAGGUGGUGCCGAGCGGAACUUCCCUGAACUGGAUCGAAGGGCUGGGGACAGGGAGAGGGAGCGGGCCCGGUGGGGGAGACGCAGCUAGGAUCCAGGCAGAGGUGACCUUAUCCGCCACGGGAAGGAUGCAGGGAGCGGUGUCGAAGGGCGUGCUGACGCUACAGACCAGAUCCCGCUUGUGCCGCGCACGGUUACUCGAGGCCGCCAAUCUUGUCGCACGGGCGUACCUCCCUCAAAGAGCACCCAUGUGUGACCACCACAACAGCGACAUCGAAGAUACGGGAGAGGAGGCGGAAAUGGCACAAGCAGGAGAAGGUGCACGAGGGAAGGAGGGGCCAGGAAACGGGGGACGCUCGUAUUGGCGGCUGAAGCAGGCCAGUCGUGCCUACCGCGUGCGACGACAGGCGAUGCUGUCUACGCCAACUUUCAGGGCGUGGCUGGUCGGGGGGAAAGACAAGCAAAGAUUCGCGGUCGACGAACGGACCGGCGUGGUGCCCCUCGCGAAGGCUCCCGCCGCCCGGCCGCCACCGACCCGGUCUUGAAAAAUUGAAGUAAAUCAGAUUAAAAUCGUGUCGCGCGAUUCUUUCGUUCC